AUGGCGGAAUUCGUGCGUGCCCAGAUUUUUGGCACGACCUUUGAGAUCACCAGCCGGUACACGGAAUUGCAGCCGGUGGGAAUGGGCGCCUUCGGCCUGGUUUGCUCUGCAAAGGAUCAAUUGACUGCUCAGCCAGUCGCCGUCAAAAAGAUCAUGAAGCCCUUCAGCACCCCCGUUCUGUCCAAGCGAACUUAUCGGGAGUUGAAGCUGCUCAAACAUCUACGUCACGAGAACAUUAUCAGCUUGAGUGAUAUCUUCAUUUCGCCUCUGGAAGACAUUUACUUCGUCACCGAACUUCUGGGCACCGAUCUUCACAGACUUCUUACUUCGCGACCUCUUGAAAAGCAAUUCAUUCAGUAUUUCUUAUACCAAAUCUUGCGUGGCCUGAAAUAUGUCCACUCCGCCGGCGUUGUCCACCGUGAUUUGAAACCAAGCAACAUUCUGAUUAAUGAGAACUGUGACCUGAAAAUCUGCGACUUCGGCCUUGCCCGCAUCCAGGACCCUCAGAUGACCGGCUACGUCUCAACAAGAUACUACCGUGCUCCCGAGAUCAUGCUCACCUGGCAAAAGUAUGACGUUGAAGUGGAUAUCUGGAGUGCGGGCUGUAUCUUCGCCGAGAUGUUGGAAGGAAAGCCGCUGUUCCCCGGAAAGGACCAUGUCAACCAGUUCUCUAUCAUCACCGAGCUGCUGGGUACUCCUCCGGAUGAUGUUAUCCAGACAAUCUGCAGUGAGAACACCCUCCGAUUCGUCAAAUCUCUUCCCAAGCGCGAGCGCCAGCCACUUGCAAAUAAGUUCAAGAACGCCGAUGCCGAUGCGGUUGACCUGCUCGAGCGGAUGUUGGUAUUCAACCCCAAGCAGCGUAUCCAAGCUUCCGACGCAUUAGCGCAUGAGUACCUUGCACCAUACCACGACCCGACCGACGAGCCUGUCGCACAAGAGAAGUUCGAUUGGUCGUUCAAUGAUGCCGAUUUGCCCGUGGAUACUUGGAAGAUCAUGAUGUACUCUGAGAUCCUUGACUUCCACAACAUUGAGCAAGGCAAUGAAGCUGGCGAAGCUUUGACACAGGGUGCUGUGCAAGGCAAUCCUGAACAGGCAUUCGCAUAA